UGAAAAUGGAAUAAUACAAAAAGUAGAUCUCUACCAGAUUUGGGAGCAAGAAGAAUUCCGUCAGAUUUUACCAUUUAAAGAGUACAUAUUUGAUAUGCUGAUACACCUUGAUAUCGUAUCUGAACAGCGUAGAUAUGAUACAAAAACAGGAAGUCGGCUACUAGUUGAAAACUUCUUUGUACCAAGUAUGCUUACACAAAGAAAUGAUACAGAUUUCUUGUCACAAGAAUGUACACCAGAGAGGACUGUUAGUUUGGCUUUUGUUUUUAAAGGAACCAUUAUACCUCCAGCUUUACCGAAUCGUCUCAUAUGCGCAUGUCUCAGUAUGUGGACACUAAAAGAAUACCGUGGAAGGAAACUUAUGUUUUCUGGGUUUGUUGGGUUAUCAUUUGAUAAAGAGCAUGAUAUCGUUGUCUGUGUAGAAGGAAAUAAGAUCUUAUUGUACCUAGUCCACAAGCGCUCCAAGGGCCUGAUAGUACCUGAAAUAGCCACUAGUGUCAGAGAAUGUUUGCAUUUAACAUUGGAGAGGAUUUCAGAAUUUUAUCAGUCCACUGUCCAAGAAAAAUUCAGCGGCCAACUACCAUUUCACACUGAGUAUUCCUGCUCCAGAUUUAUCUGUUACUUUCCAGAAGAAAGGAUAGCUUUUAAAACUGAUGAGUGCAUUUGUAACCAUGGUGACAACAUUAAACUCAACUGGAAGGUUUGGAACCAGGAACAGAAACAAAAGCAGUGUGAUCUGGAUUGUACAGGUUUGAGUGAAGAUGCACUAUCUCACAUUCCAAGUAAUACAGAGUUGCUAAGUUUGUCUGUUAAUUGUGAGACACGCAUGAUACAUGAUUUAGCUCUUCAUCUUGAAAUGGAAGAGACAGAAUGGAGUGAUAUGGUAGAAAAUUACCCAAGAAAUACACAGAUGGUCAAGUUUUUAACACUUAUUGGUUUGAGAGAGAACAAUGGAAUACGUUUUGGAGAUUUGGCCAAAGGCUUAAGAGAAUUGAGGAUAACAACACAUACCUUAUGUAUGAUGAGGAGGAGAAAACAAGUGAUAUCUAAUAUUCCAGACGAUAUCUUAGAUUCAAUUCCAACUGAUGAAAUAUUAGAUAACAUAUCACCACAGAUUGGUAAAAUGGUCUUUCAAUUAGGAACAGAACUUGGAUUGUCCAUAGCAGAUUUAGAGAAUAUAGACAAAUAUAAUUGUGACUUGACUGCCCAGAGUAAGGAGGUUUUAUUUACUUGGAGGAGAGACAGAUUAGUACGACCUACAAUACGUGUCCUUGAACAAGCUUUGGUAAAUAGUAGAAAAGGUGCAAGGUGUUUAGAGGAGGUUGUAAAGAAUGUUGAUCCGAAAACACUGAGAGCUGUAGAAACUGUAACAGAUAGGAUCAGAGAUAAUGCAGACAGAAUCAUACAGAAUAUACAAACCAGCCAAAUUCUAGACCAUAUGAUGACACAUCUGGUGAUAUCAGCAGACGACAGACGUGAUAUUGAACAUUAUCCUCGACAAGAUGACCAGAACAAAGCAUUGCUGGAUAUUGUGAUUAAAAGGAGAGAACCUGCUUACAGUGUGUUUGUUGAUGGAUUACGUAAUUAUGGAUACGAAGAUAUUGCUAAUGAUUUGAAAUGUUAUUCAGAGAAAAUGGGCCCAAGUACAACAUCAUUAACUGCCGAGAAUAAAGGAUUAUUAGAUUGGACUGUUCCAUUGUAUAAAAUUCGUCUGCAGAAAAAUUAUUCAGAUAUCAUUACCAGUGUAAAGCAUGAUAUAAUAGUAGAUCAUUUGAUAUCAUGUGCAGUAUUGACAAUUGGUGAUUUUCAAAAGAUAAAUGCUUGUCCAUCAGAAGAGCAAAGGAACAGGAAGUUAAUGGACUCACUUUUGCAUGGAAAUGAGAAGGGAUUUACUGAAUUUCUCAGCGCUCUACGAAAUGACUCAGUUUAUGCAGAUCUAGCAGAUAAAAUAGAGAACACAAACAUUACAAGCACAGAUAGAUCAAACAUUCAGAGUUGCUACAACGUCAAUAAAAGGAAAUAUGAGCUGAAUGUACAGGAGACAGCAACCAAUCUUCCCAAAAAAACCAAAGAGAAUUAGAAGUGAACAAUUAUUCAGAGUAAUAUCCUUUUGGGUAAAACUGUUGUUCAUAUCUAAUUUUACUUAUAACAAACUUUGUUUAAAAUUACUUUUCGGAAAUAUGAGCUGAAUGUACAGGAGACAGCAACCAAUCUUCCCAAAAAAACCAAAGAGAAUUAGAAGUGAACAAUUAUUCAGAGUAAUAUCCUUUUGGGUAAAACUGUUGUUCAUAUCUAAUUUUACUUAUAACAAACUUUGUUUAAAAUUACUUUUCGGGUUAAUAGUGUCAAUUAUAUUCGUGAUGUCCUAGUUUCAUCACCAAUGAUAUGUGUUUCAAAGUGACUUUGUCACCCUAUUCAUUUUUGUCGAGCCUUCGACUUUUGUCGAAAAAGCGAGACAUAGCUAUCCUACAUUCCGUCUGCGUCGUCGUCGGCGGCGUCUACAAAUAUUCACUCUGUGGUUAAAGUUUUUGAAAUUUUAAUAACUUUCUUAAACUAUCCUGGAUUUCUACCAAACUUGGACAGAAGCUUGUUUAUGAUCAUAAAAUAGUAUCCAUAAGUAAAUUUAAAAAAAAAAAAAAAUCCUGUUUUUCCGUAUUUUACUUAUAAAUGGACUUAGUUUUUCUGCCAGAUAACAUUACAUUCACUCUGUGGUUAAAGUUUUUAAAAUUUUAAUAACUUUCUCAAACUAUCCUGGAUUUCUACCAAACUUGGACAGAAGCUUGUUUAUGAUCAUUAGAUAGUAUCCAGAAGUAAAUUUAAAAAAAAAAAAAUCCUGUUUUUCCGUACUUUACUUAUAAAUGGACUUAGUUUUUCUGCCAGAUAACAUUACAUUCACUCUGUGGUUAAAGUUUUAAAAAUUUUAAUAACUUUCUUAAACUAUCCUGGAUUUGUACCAAACAUGGACAGAAGUUUGUUUAUGAUCAAAAGCUAGUAUCUAGAAGGAAAUUUUUAUUAAAAUUUUGUACUUGUUUAUCCAUAUUUUACUUAUAAAUGGACUUAGUUUUUCUUCCAGUUAACAUUACAUACAGUCUGCAGUUAAAUUUUUAAAACAUUUAUUAGAUUCAUAAACUAUCCUGGAUUUUCACCAAACUUGGACAGAAGCUUCUUACAAUAAAAAAAUUGUAUCGAGAGGAAUAUUUUUAUUAAAUUUUUUCCUCAUCUCAUUUUUGUUGAGCCUGCGAUUAACAGCAAAAGUAGUUGAGACAUUGGGUUCUGCGGAACCCUUACAAAUUUUUCAAUAGCAUUGACACAAGUUUUAUAGCGACUUGAGUUUCACCAGUAUCAUCCAGAUUACAAUUCUAUGUUAAAAUCUAAAUUUGAAUUUAGCCUAGAAAAUACCUAUUUUGCCUUAAGAAUUGAAAAGUCAGUUUAAUUCAAAAGAAGUUUACCUAUGAGGGUCUGGUUGAGAUAUAGUUUACAGAAAAAAGAAUAUUAGCCUUAAAAAAUAUUGAAUAGAGAAACUGAACAUAAGUCUUAAAGAUAUGAGAAUAACGCUGUUGAUCCAAUUUCAGGUAUUUUUUGUCUCGCCUGCGACGAAAGUCGCAGUAUGCGAGACAUAGGUAUUACUAUCCGGCGGCAGCGUAAACUAUUUGUAUAUAGCUUUAUAUUUCAGAAGGUAGAAGACCUGGAUGCUUCAUAUCUUGUAUGUAGAUACCUUGUGUUACGAAGUUUCCGUCAAUCAUAUGUCCAUUGUCCUUGAACUCAUUUUCAUGGUUCAGCGACUGCUUGAAAAAAAAUUGAGUUUGUUUGUUAUGUGAAUUUCUCACUUAUUAUGAGUAGUAGGAUAACUAUAUUUGGUAUAUGGGUUCCUUGCAACGUCUACAUGUCCGUCCGACAGAGUUCACCUGACCUCGACCUCAUUUAAUGGAUCAGUGAUCAAGGUUAAAGUUACGUGAUUAGGUCCGUUUCUCAAAUACUAUAAGCAGUAGGUCAACUAUAUUUUGUGUAUGGAGUUAUUGUUUUGGGCACAUGUCUGUCUGGAAGGUAUCAUCUGACCUUGUCCUAAUUUUUAUGGUUCAAUGGUCAAUGUUAAGCUUUUGUGUUUUAUUCUGUUUUUCAAAUACUAAUAGCAAUAGGUCAGCUGUAUUUGGUGUAUGGAAUAAUUGUAAGGUGCACAUGUCUGUCUGGCAGGUAUCAUCUGACCUUGAUCUCAUAUUUAUGGUUCAUUGGUCAAUGUUAAUUUUUUGUGUUUUGGUCUGUUUUUCAAUUAACAUACGUAAUAGGUCAACUAUAUUUGGUGUAUAAAAAAAUUGUAAGGUAUAAAAAUAAGAAGAUGCAGUAUGAUUGCCAAUGAGGUGUAUAUGUCUGUCUGACACAUUUUAUCUGACCUUGACCUCAUUGUCAUAGAUUUUUAAAAAUGUUAAGUUUCUGUAAUGCUUUUUGUAAAACCUUUAUCUUUAAGACUUUCAAUAUAAAAUCAA